AUGGCUCUCAAUAAUCCAAGCAGCGGUGCACACUCGCAGCCGUCCCUUCCUGCCUUACCAGCUCACCUACAGUCCGAUACACAUCUGACGGCACACCUUGCCAGUCGAUUUCAUGUUUCAUUGCCAACGGCGGAUCUUUCCUCUCAUGCAUUAAUAUCCCUCAACACUUAUUCUUCUUCGACGAAAGGUCCAGAUGGAGGAUCCGGUAAAACUACUGUUCGUUCUCAUUUGCUUUCGGCUUUACUUAGCAAAUCUGGUACCCCUCUUUCCACCAAGCUAUCUCUGUCCGCAUACGUCUUCGAUACCCUCACAUCCACUAAAACCGCUACCACUCCAACCGCUUCCAAGGCAGGUCUGUUCUUCGAGCUCCAAUAUGACACUGCAUCAACAGUCAAUCCAACCUUGAUUGGUGGAAAGGUUCUAGAUCACAGGUUAGAACGAAGUAGGGUGGCCGCCGUGCCGACGGGAGAGAGGAAUUUUCAUGUCUUGUAUUACCUUCUAGCUGGUACCAGUGCUGCCGAAAAGACACAUCUGGGAUUAGAUUCACCUGCAGACCAUGGUGGAGCGGGUAAUCGACUUUCGACUGGAGGCCAAAAGAGAUGGCGCUAUCUUGGACACCCAACGCAACUCAAGGUGGGAAUCAACGAUGCCGAGGGUUUCCAGCUGUUCAAGACAGCAUUGAGAAAGCUAGAGUUUCCAAGGAGUGAAAUCGCCGAGAUUUGCCAGAUCUUGGCUAGUAUCCUUCACAUUGGACAACUUGAGUUCGAAACGGCUGAGAGCACGUCAGCCAUGGGAGAUGAUAGCGGUGGUUACUCACACGAAGGUGGUCAGCAAUUCACGGCUGUCAAAAAUAGAGAUGUUCUCGCCAUCAUAGCAGCAUUUUUAGGGGUUGGUGCGGCCGAUUUGCAAACGACGCUUGGCUACAAGACCAAAAUCCUACACAGAGAAAGGGUAACGGUGAUGCUCGACCCUAAAGGGGCGAAGAGCAACGCAGACGAGCUAGCCAGGACCUUGUACUCGUUGCUCGUGGCGUAUGUCAUCGAAAGCAUCAACCAAAGAGUUUGUGCGUCGGAAGAGUCGGUUGGAAACACCAUCUCCAUUGUUGAUUUCCCCGGUUUUUCUCAACAGCCAGCCACCGAUUCGACCCUUGACCAACUUCUCAAUAAUGCUGCAACCGAGGCACUGUACAACUUCACCUUGCAAAGCUUUUUCGAAGCAAAGGCUGACAUGCUCGAAACCGAGGAAGUAACCGUUGCAGCUACCAGUUACUUCGAUAAUUCAGACGCCGUCAGGGGUCUUCUCAAGCACGGUAACGGUCUCUUGAGUAUUCUUGACGACCAAACCAAGCGUCAUAAGACGGACGUACAACUACUAGAAAGCUUGCGAAAACGCUUCGAGGGCAAGAACCCGGCCAUCACAGUCAGCAGUGCAACGGCCAAACUACCAGGCAGCAACUUUGCUACACACAAUGCCGCGGCCGCAUUCACCGUUAAGCACUUUGCUGGAGAAGUGGAGUAUCCGGUUGCUGGUUUGGUGGAAGAAAAUGGAGAAGUCAUCUCGGGAGAUCUCAUGAACUUGAUUCGUGACACCAAAAGUGACUUCGUAAGCCAGCUUUUUGGUCAAGAGGCGCUUCAACGUAUGGUGCACCCACAAGAGAAAUCAACAAUCAUGCAAGCUCAAGUCAGCUCAAAGCCUUUGAGACAACCAAGUGUCAUGCGACGAAAAGGAGAUCGGCCAAGUCGUUUUGGUGGGUCCAAGAACGCAAUGGACUCGGUCGAAGACAUCACAGAAACCAUCGACUCCGGAAGCAAAACUCGAAAGGGAAUCAACAUUGACCAAGGAGCUGCUGCACAAUACCUAUCUUCAUUGGACAAUAUCCUUAAAGCCCUCAACUCGCAGAACACGAACCCGUACUUUGUAUUUUGUCUCAAACCGAAUGACCGUCGCAUAGCCAACCAAUUCGACAGCAAAUGUGUCCGAAUGCAACUUCAAACUUUUGGCAUCGCUGAAAUUAGUCAGCGGUUACGAAACGCCGACUUUGGCCUCUUUAUUCCCUUUGGAGAAUUCCUCGGACUAGCAGACACUGAAACGAUAUUAGUGGGCAGCGAGCGUGAAAAGGUGGAAAAUGUCAUCGAAGAGAAGAGAUGGCCUUCUAAUGAGGCGAGAGUUGGAAGCACGGGAGUAUUCCUCAGUGAGAGGUGCUGGGCCGAAAUUGCUAAGCUGCAUGAGCGUGGUUUCGUCGCAGGACGUUAUCCCCUGCCAUCUGAUGAUGGUGAACGUCUUUUGGGUCCUGGAGCCGCUCUUCUCACGCCAUCACCCGGAGCUUACAUCUAUGGAGACAAGAAAUCUGGUUACUUUGGUAGUCAAGACGAUGCACGCUCUGAUGCUGGUGCCUCGGCUCUUGGCCAGGGUGAUAUGUUCCGCAAUUUGGAUACCAAGGAGCAAUUGGCAGAAAAGGGAAAUGAAAAGACGAUGGUUGAGGUAGAGGAAGUUAAAGUCAGCGGGACGCGCAAGAGGUGGCUAGCAGUUGUUGCGGCUGAAUUGAGUUCUUACAACGGGAAAAAAGACGAUGCUUACAUUGCCAUCAGAGGACAGGUCUUUGAUCUCUCAGGCUUCUCAACACAUCAUUACCCAUCGAUCAUACCCCAAAAGAGUCUUUUAAAAUAUGCUGGUAUCGAUGCUACCGGCCUAUUUCCCAUCCAAGUCUCGGCUCUAUGUCAAGGAACGACAGGAUCUAUUGAUCCCUCAGUGCAACUCGAUUAUACUUCCACCAAUGUCAGCGGUUCUGCAGCUACGGUUAGUAGCACGGAUACUAAUGCUGCGUAUCACGACUUCCGUGCCUUCAAAAACGAUAGUCGCCCUGAUUGGUUUAUAGAGCAAAUGAUCAUGCUCAGGGAGUCUGGUUAUUACAAAGGUCGUAUCGGUUACACGGCAAAGUAUGUCAAAACUCUUGCUUCGAAACUGAGCUCAAUUGCCAUUAUACAUGGCAAGGUCUACGACUUAACGAAGUAUGUUUCGGGAGGCCGUAAAAUCAUCGUCGCCGAGGGAGACACCGUACCUGCUGGUGUCAAUGUCGAUUUCAUGUCACCGUUAGUCGUGGACUUGUUUCAGCAAAAAUCUGGAAAGGAUGUUACGAACUACUGGAACGCUCUUGCCAUCAGCGACGAGAUGCGGUCUAGGAUGCAGAUUUGUCUCGAUAACCUCUUCUAUGUUGCAGACGUUGAUACCAGAAACUCUGUCAAGUGUCAAUUUGCCGAGUACUUGAUAUUGGCUAUUACACUUAUUCUCUCCUCCGUUAUCGUCUUCAAGUUUCUCGCAGCUCUCCAAUUCGGCGGUAGAAACGUUCCCGAAAAUCUGGACAAGUUUGUCAUUUGCCAAGUGCCUGUCUACACAGAAGACGAGGAUUCCCUUCGUCGAGCUAUCGAUUCCAUCGCCAGAAUGAAGUAUGAUGACAAACGCAAACUCUUGGUCGUUAUCUGUGACGGUAUGAUUAUUGGUCAGGGUAACGACAGACCCACCCCACGUAUCGUUUUGGACAUUCUUGGAGUAUCAGAUACUGUUGAUCCUGAGCCUCUAAGCUUUGAAUCUUUGGGCGAGGGAAUGAAACAACACAACAUGGGCAAAUGUUAUUCGGGUCUUUACGAGGUCCAAGGUCACAUCGUUCCUUUCUUGGUUGUUGUCAAGGUUGGCAAGCCUUCUGAAGUUUCAAAACCGGGAAACAGAGGAAAGCGUGAUUCUCAGAUGGUCAUGAUGCGAUUCUUGAACCGUGUUCAUUACAAUGCGCCCAUGAGCCCCCUCGAGCUUGAAAUGUAUCAUCAAAUCCGCAAUAUCAUUGGUGUCAACCCGACAUUCUAUGAGUUUAUGUUACAAAUUGAUGCCGAUACAGUCGUUGCAGCGGAUUCCGCCUCUCGUAUGGUUUCGGCAUUCUUAAACGACACUAAGCUGCUCGGUGUAUGUGGAGAAACAUCGUUGACAAACUCCAAAUCAUCAUUUAUCACUAUGAUUCAAGUUUACGAGUACUUCAUCUCCCAUAACCUUGCCAAGGCAUUCGAAAGUUUGUUUGGUAGUGUUACUUGUUUGCCGGGUUGUUUCACAAUGUAUCGUGUUCGAGCUGCAGAAUCCGGGAAGCCACUAUUUGUCAGUCGGGAGGUAGUGGAUGACUAUUCCAACAUCCGAGUCGACACGCUUCACAUGAAGAAUUUGCUCCAUCUAGGAGAGGAUCGUUAUUUGACCACACUACUCAUGAAGCAUCACAGCAAGUACAAGACCAAAUACAUCCGCACUGCUCACGCUUGGACUAUUGCUCCCGAUACCUGGACAGUCUUCCUUUCUCAACGUCGUCGCUGGAUCAACUCAACUGUACAUAAUCUUGCAGAACUCGUACCUAUGUCCGAACUUUGUGGGUUCUGCUGCUUCAGUAUGCGUUUCGUUGUUAUGAUCGAUCUAGUCUCCACCUUGGUUCAGCCUGUCACUAUUGCUUACAUUGUUUACCUUAUCGUCCUUGUUAUACAAUCGCCAUCUUUUGUUCCUGUCACGGCUUUCGUUCUUCUUGCUGCAAUUUAUGGUUUGCAAGCAAUUAUUUUCAUCGUGCGACGCAAGUGGGAAAUGAUCGGAUGGAUGAUUCUCUACAUCGUUGCCAUUCCCGUGUACUCCCUGUGCUUGCCAUUGUAUAGUUUCUGGCAUAUGGAUGAUUUCUCGUGGGGUAACACUCGUGUCGUGACGGGGAGAGAAGGGUAA